AUGAAUCUAUUCCAACCAUUAUUGAAUGAAAAAGAAGUUCAAACAGAUGAAGAAAUUAUUGAAAAUCAAUUGGUGAAUUUAAUCAAUUUGAUAUGUUCUAAUCAACGUUGGUUAAACAAGAAAAAAAAAGUGAAUACCGUACGUAGUCUGCUGAAAAAAUACUGUUUUACCUCAAUGUUCAACAGAUUAUCAUCAUUACUAAUAAAAACAUUAAGAACUUUAAUAUUGCAAUCAUUCACCUUGUUAACAUCAUCAACAUCAUCAUCAUCCUCAUCAUUAUCUAUAUCAAACGAAUUGCUUAUUAUUGGUGCUGGUCAAAUGAGAACUGGUACAACUAGUUUAAAAUUUGCACUUCAAUUAUUAUUUAAUCAACCAUGUUAUCAUAUGUAUGAUGUAAUUUAUAAAUAUCAAGAAUCACAUAUUAAAAAAUGGAUUAAUAUAUUUAAUAUGCAUCAGAAAUGUGUUAAUAUUGAAAAAGUUAAUUGGAAUGAUAUAUUCAAUGAGUGUAAAUUUGCUGUGGAUUAUCCAACAUGUGUAUUUUAUAAAGAAUUAAUGAAUAUUUAUCCAAAUGCCAAGGUUAUUUUAACAAUUCGUGAUGCUGAUUCAUGGAUUUCAAGUUGUCGAGCAACAACUGCUUCUGAUAUGGUUAUGACUAAACAUAUCACAUUUACUGAAAAUAUUAUUUAUCGUUUACGUGGAUUGAAAAGUUUACCAAUAUUACAUGAUAAAAUGUACACUAAAGCAUUUGGUUCAAAUUAUGAUCAAAUGACAGAUGAUGAAUUGAAAAAUGCUUUUAUUAAAUGGAAUCAAGAGAUUAUCAAUUAUGUUCCAAAAGAUCGUUUAUUAAUUUUUGAUCCUAAUGAUGGAUGGAAACCUUUAUGUGAAUUUUUAAAUAUUCCUAUUCCUGAAAAUAUUCCAUUUCCUCAUUUGAAUAAACGAAUAGAUUUAAGGAAUAGAUUAUUAAAAUAUCGAUUUUUAGCACAAUUUUUAAAUUUUUCAUUCAUUAUUUCAUUUUUAUGGUUUAUUCAUUAUAUGAUUACAUCUUAA